CUCGUGACUCUGAGCAGCCAUAUUGGGCACAAUCACAGUCAAAACAAGAGCGGAUGUUGCCAUCGGUCAUUUUAAGCAGGAUAUUGUUUAUCGUAUUUUAAACCAAUAUAGCUGAAAUCAGUUCCUCGGUUUCUGAGAGAAGCUAGCUAGCUAGCUCCCUCAGCUAUUCCGUCUGUCAGAGUUGCGCAGCAUCAGGGCUGGCUGUUAAUACGGAAGUGAAGAAGCGGACGGUUCGAUUGCGUGUCGCUCCCGUAAGACCAGUAUGGCCUCUCGGAAAAAGGUGCUGCUGAAGGUGAUCAUCCUGGGGGAUUCUGGGGUAGGGAAGACCUCGCUUAUGAACCAGUAUGUCAAUAAGAAGUUCAGCAACCAGUAUAAGGCCACGAUUGGCGCUGACUUCCUGACCAAAGAGGUGAUGGUGGAGGACAGGAUGGUCACCAUGCAGAUCUGGGACACAGCUGGGCAAGAACGGUUCCAGUCGCUGGGCGUGGCUUUCUACCGCGGGGCAGACUGCUGCGUGCUGGUGUACGACGUGACCGCACCCAACACGUUUAAGACCCUGGACAGCUGGAGAGAUGAGUUUCUGAUCCAAGCCAGUCCUCGCGAUCCAGAGAACUUUCCCUUUGUGGUGCUGGGCAACAAAAUAGACCUGGAAAACCGACAGGUGACAACAAAGCGAGCCCAAGCAUGGUGUCAGAGCAAGAGCAAUAUCCCAUACUUCGAGACGAGUGCCAAGGAUGCCACUAAUGUGGACCAAGCUUUCCAGACUAUUGCCCGAAAUGCCCUCAGUCAGGAGACGGAGGUGGAGACGUACGAUUUCCCGGAUCAGAUCAAACUAAGGGACGACAAACCAGCCUCCUCCAGUGACGGCUGCAGCUGCUGAGUAGGAGGAGCAGAGGAGGAUAAAUGGGAGAGGGAGAGGGAGAGAUGCUAUGAGGGGAGGGGCAGGUUACAGGUGGACAUCUCUUGACAUUUUUCCCCUUUUGCCAUGCGUGAGAGUUCCUGGUGAAAAAACACCGGAUGCGAUCCAUUUUUUUCUUCCCCCCUCCCUCAAACUUAAAUGUUUGGGCCAGAAUUGAAACAAGCAAAAAAAAAAAAAAAAAAAACCCCAAGAAACUCACUUGUACAGCAUUCACCUGCUGAGUAUCACACUUGAGAUUACUACUUCUGAAAAUGUUGAUAUGAUUCCAGUCACACUUUUUAUCAGUUACAAUCGGUUUUGCGUUGUCUGUAAUGUUAAUUACUUUUUAUCAACUCAUUGUACUGUAGCAUUGUGUCGGAGACAGCCAUACAAAUUGAGCGUCUCUCUCACCCAUCAGUGUGCCUUUCAUCGUUCGAGUUUUUCUGUUUCUGAAUAAUUUUGGUGCCAUGGCUGGCAGGACUACAGUUCCCUUUAAGAGCUUUGUCACCAGUAGAUUCCCAGGUGUUUACACUACAGUAGUUCAGUUCCUUUUUAUUAAUCUGAUCAAACUUUCAUAGGACAAUCAUGUACUGUAAAAACGUAAUCCGUGGGAAAGGAAUAUUUGAACAGCACUGAUGGUCCUAUAAGAUUCUUUCCGAGCUGCACCCAGGAGUUCAGUGAGCAGGACCGUGAAGAUGGUGUAUGUAAACUGCUAAAGCAGAAUGCUGGCUGGGUAACCACUUCCAAGAGAAAAAGAAAGUGAAAGGCUGAUAAGAGGGGUCAAGGAAGGGCAUCCAGUCGAGGCAAUCUAACUCAUCGAGAACACUUUGAUGACAUACUUACAAAGUUGCCCAUAGUAGACAGACUUGCUCCAAUAAAGGCCAAAGUAUUCCUGGCACAUCUACUUGCAACAAUCACUUUUCCUUGGAACCUCAUUGGCUAGUGUAAGCAGCCUCUUGACAGACCGCCUCCUUAUCUUUAUGGCCAAGUCACAUGUGUGUGCUUUACCUCAGUCAGGAUGCAUUGAAGAAACGGCAUUUUUGAAUAGCCUGCCUUAUUCAGGAUCAUUCAAUGUUGGGCAUUUGGUCAGAUGCAAGUUUGCUGGUUUGUCCAAUAUGCCAUGUUUUAAUUGGGCACCAACAAGAUACAAGGUAUUAAUAUGCCAUUGAAUUGACAGGAGCUUAUAAUCGGACAGAACUAGAGGAGAACUGAAGUGCCCGCUGCUUUUGGAAAUGCCACACUAGAGAGUGGAGUCCUAUCCUCCUCCUCAUCUUUAUUUUUCAUUUGUACAUUUACACAAGUAGUUAUUGUAAAAAAAAUUUAAUCAAAAUCCUGAUUAAUUUUCUAUGUCUACAAACAAACAAAAUUAAAACUUUAACCGCAUUGUAUACAGUAGUUAGAGACCUUAUCUAUCGGGCUGAACUGCAAUGUUAUCUCUUAAUAAUUUCUGUCAAAGCAAGUUAAAUAAAAGGUACAUUUAUGA